AUGGUGUUUAUUGCUGUUGAAACUGUUGCAUAUAAUAGUCUUUAUAAAGUAGCAUUAGAUUCGGUUCGGUGUUAUAUUGCUGGAACAGAUUACGAGCUAAAGAUUGUUGAUGUUUUCAACGACACACGAGUUAUUGAAGCUUGUUCCGAAUACAAAACGGUUUAUUUUCGUAAACACUGUGCAGCAAGAUUGUACUUAGAAGAUACAGACUGGAUGUUUGUAAUGGACGCUGAUACGGGUAUUGUUAACCCAAAUCACUGUAUCGAAGAAUACAUCGAUGCCAGGGUUAACAUGAUAUUUUACGAACGUUUUUUUAACUGGGAAAUUGCAUGUGGCAAUUACUUGGCGAGAAAUUCAGAAUUUGCAAAAGACUUUUUAAAGCGUUGGGCAGAUUACGAACACCUUGAAUUAGGAGGUUCCUGGUGGAAGGGGUUUGACAAUGGACCGCUUCAUAUUGUGGCUUUGGAAUCACUAUUUCCAAAAGAAUCGCAAGAAGUUAGAAACUGUCACAAAAUUUGGUAUACCUCGGUUGGUUACGAAACAUAUAUUCCGUAUGUCAUCUGUGUUCGCAUAUAUUUAGGAGCAACAAGGAUUUUCCCGGGAAAAUUCAAAUUGCUAAGACGAGCACAUUCAUUUUGUCGAGAUUGGUAUCAUACUGGCGAUGCCUGGUGUGAUAAAGAUUUUAUGAUUCAUGGUUGGAAAGCUAGAAAUGUUAACGAAAAAGGUUGGGCGUCACCGUUUCGACAAGAUUUUGAUCUUACCAAAUGUGCGGCUGACUAUAACGGAUGGCCAUGGCGGAAUGAGAAGCACGUAAAAUGCAUCGAUUUAAAACCGAUGGUGUCAGGCGGAGAACGUGGGUCGGCAAAUGCGCUUCCGAAACAGUUCAUUGUCAUACCAUUUUUGAAUCAGUCAGAUAUUGGUGAAUGUUAUCCAGACUGUGACAUUCGAGAACGAAUACACGGCUUAUAA